GCCGCUGCUGCCGGGGCUGAGCAGACUGCGACAGCUCCAGGUCUCCACAAGUACCUGAAGAAAGGGAAAGGCGGGCGGACGAGGCUCGCUACUCUCCCACACGGCUGCCUCUUCUGGGCAGCGCCUCACCGUCUGACCGGACCUGCUGCUCUGCUGGCAAUGGAUACUUGUUGACAUCCCUCUUGGCUUGGGUGGCCCAGCCAGGCUCUCUCACCUCCAGGGACAAGGAAGGGGGUUCUGGGAUCCAGCCAUGGAGAACCAGACUUGGGACUUCUUUGGGACCCCAGUGGGCAAUGCCACAGCUAACCAGACUCUUCUGAACAAGAUGCCCCAGUUGCCCCUGGAGGUGCAGGUGGUAACCAUCAUCCUGGUGCUGUUGAUCUGCGGGGUGGGCAUUGCAGGCAACGUCAUGGUGGUUCUGGUGGUCCUUCGCACCAAGCACAUGGUGACUCCCACCAAUUGCUACCUGGUGAGCCUAGCUGUGGCUGACCUGAUUGUGCUGCUCGCGGCAGGGCUGCCCAACAUCUCUGAGGUGGUGGCCUCUUGGGUGUACGGCUACGCUGGCUGCCUGUGCAUCACCUACCUGCAGUAUCUGGGCAUCAACAUCUCAGCCUGCUCCAUCACGGCCUUCACAGUGGAGCGCUACAUCGCCAUCUGCCACUCCAUCAAGGCACAGCUGCUCUGCACCGUGGCCCGGGCCAAGCGCAUCAUCGCCUGCGUGUGGCUCUUCACCUCGCUCUACUGCGUCAUGUGGUUCUUCCUGGUGGACACCUCGCAGGACAUCUUUGCCGAUGGCACGCAAGUCAACUGCGGCUACCGCGUCUCCAGGAACCUCUACAUGCCCAUCUACUUUUUGGAUUUCACCAUCUUCUAUGUCAUCCCCCUGGGCUUGGCCACAGUCCUCUACGGCCUCAUUGCCCGCAUCCUCUUCAUGAACCCGCUGCCUUCCACGCCACAGCACGCAAGCAGGCUGAGCAAACAUGGGAGCUCCAUCAGCACCUCCAGCUCCAUGAAGCUCUCCUGCCGGGGGAACAAGGGGGCCCUGAGCUCCAGGAAACAGGUGACCAAGAUGUUGGCUGUGGUGGUGAUCCUCUUUGCUCUUCUGUGGAUGCCCUACCGCACCUUGGUGGUGGUCAACUCCUUCAUGGACCCUCCUUACUUGAACAUCUGGUUUGUCCUCUUCUGCAGGCUCUGCAUCUACCUGAACAGCGCCAUCAACCCCAUCAUUUAUAAUGUGAUGUCUCAAAAGUUUAGAGCUGCCUUCAAAAAGCUAUGCAAAUGUGAGCAGCAGAGAACUGAAAGUGUCUCCCGGUAUAAUGCCCCGGUCUUCUAUAGCACCAUGAAGGACUAUUCCCAUGACAGCUCUGAGCAUGAUGCUACAGAACAAGAAGAUAUCAAUGGUUACCCACCAUCAUCAAGGAAAAGCAAAUGUUCCAAAUAAGCAUGUCACAUAAUACAGACUUGGGUAGUAACCAAGCAUUGAAGUAGUUUUAGGAAUGUAUGAAUAGCAUGCAGCAGAUGUAACAUUCCUCUUCGCCGUUUGAACUCAAUGGCUGACAUCCAGACAAGCACUGAUCACACAGCCCUCAGGGACAUAUUUUUUGGGAGGCAUGAUCGGCUUCAAAGGAAGGAGAGAUUGUUGACCAUCACUCUCCCCCCUCCGACUUGCAUGAUGCUACAGCAUUAGUCUGGAUGUCAGCUACUAUUGCACCAAAAGUGCUAGCCUGGAUGUCAGCCAACAUUUGCAUAAACCUGACUUAGUUGCAUCAUUUUAAUGUUAAUUUAGGCUAAACUCUGGUCUGCAUUUGGUAUCUCUACAGAGUUUGUGACGAGUGUUGUGAUGCAGUGGGAUUCCCCGCUAUAUCCGUGCCAAUAUUUGCAUUAGAUUGUGCUUGAUUGUCACCUGCAGAGAGAGAGAGUUUCCAGGGAAUGUACAAGUGCUGUAAUAGGCAGCUUGAAAGUUUCAGAAAGAACUCAGAGAGGGUCUUCUCACGAUCAGCAGCUCUUCUCACUGGAUGGGGUAAGUGGGAAGAGCAGGCUAAGCCCGCUCUCCCCACAGACAAGCAGUCAGUCUGCUCCCGGUGGCUGAACCAGCUGCCCACACGACUGCUGGCUCCGUUACAGAGCCCCAGAAGCUCCAGCAUGCCUUGUGGGAGCGCACAGGACAUGCUGGAGAGACCCCCGAGCUGGGAGGCUGCUUUUCAGCCUCCCGGUCGGGGGUCUAUUCGUGGAAAGCCCAGGUUAGCGGAGCGCUCACUCCGCUAACCUGGGCUUAAGGCAGGGGCAAUUAAGCGGGUUACCCACUUUGACUAUACCGGGCUCAGCUGUGAGCCCGGUGAGUCUCACGAUUGGUGGGAAGCAGGCUAAGCACCCUUAGUGCGCUUUCCACUGGUCGUGAGAAUAGCUUCAGAGUGUAGCGUCUCCCAAUUACGCCUUCUAGCUUAAUACAGUCUAAUUCACUAUGUCCUAGGUAUGUUUCUCACAUUAAGCAAGGGGGACAGAUUUUAAAAAGACACGGAGGUCAUUCACACAAUCAAAAAACUGUACUCUGCCCCAGUUUGGGAGCUGUGUGUGUUCCCAAUUUUCGGUUGUGUGGAAGCAAAGUAGGAGGAGAAGCUACCCAGGUUUUACUCCUAUCUGCUUCCACAUAAUCACUUCUACCCAGGUUUUCCUCCUGCCUUGUUUCCAAACAAAAAUUGAGAGCACACACAGCUCCCAACCCCAGGUAGAACACAGUUUUUGACUGUGUGAAUGAUCUUAAGGGCUGACCCACGUUCUAAAGUAUGAGUAAAGUAGAGACUGAGUAAUUUAUAUAUCUGAUUGGUUGCAGGCACUCUUCCUACAGGAGCUUUUCCAAAUGGUGAUUGAAUGCAGCUUUCCUGCACUUAGGGUGGGAUGUCAUCAUCAACAACAAUGAAUAUUUAUAUACCGUUUUUCAACAAAAGUACCCAAAGCAAAUUACAAAGAUAGAUAGAUAGAUGACAGACAGACAGACAGAUAGACAGAUAGACAGAUAGAUAGAUAGAUAGAUAGAUAGAUAGAUAGAUAGAAUGGCUUCCUGUCCCUAAAGGGUUCACAGUCUAAAAAAGAAACAUAAGAUAGAUCCCAGCAACAGCCACUGGAGGGAUGCUGUACUGGGGAUGGAUUGGGCCAGUUGCUCUCUCCCUUCUAAAUAUUUAUUAUUGAUUGAUUGAUUGAUUGAUUGUUACAUUUAUAUACCGCCUUUCAUUAAAAACAAUGACAAGGCGAUUCACAUAGAAAAAAAUUAAAACAGGACUAUAAAAAUUACACAAUUAAAAUAUUAUGCUCAAAUAUAAAAACAGAUCUAAUUAAAAAAAAUUAAAAAUAUACAUACAUAAAAAUAACCAUACAAUCAAUAUACAAAGAAGCAGCAAUGGAGAAUCACGACUUUAAAAAGGCGCCUCUUUGCUCAGUUAGCAGGGGAGGAGGGGUGGAGAGUUCCUACAGCAAAGUCAGAACGGUGACAGAAGCCAAUGGCAUUAUUCAACUUUGCACCUGACAAUUUGCAGUUCCUGUGCAUUAAAUGCAUCCUAAUAAAGCAGGACUUUGGUGCAGUGUUCAAAGUGACUUCGCUUUAGGCACUUCCUGCUGCAAUAAAGCUGCCCAUCUGGGAAAGCUCCAGAAGAGAUGGACAAAAACAGAAGAGCAGCUCCAUCAGUAAAUCCCCCAGGUUCCAAAUCUGAGGGCCAGAUUCCCAUCUAAUGCCUGCUCACCGCAUUGGAUUCUUCUUAAAAAACACACAGCUUACUGGAAUCAGAGGGACUCCAAGGGCCUCUAGCUGCUGAUGCAUAGUGAUGAUGUCACUGAGCAUGUGCUAGCACCUAGAGGCACCUGUGCAGGUAGCAAUAUAUAUAUGGAUGGUUUUGGACUCUUCCUGCAUUCCCCAUGGAGUCAAUCAAAUUGUCUUUGAUGUGAUGGUGGAGAAAGAGUCUGAGAAAGAGUUAUUAACUUGGGAUAUGUGGUACUGAUACACAGAUACAACAUAAGACAUACAAAGAGGCACUCUUAUCCCUGGACUUUGGGGCAGAAGUCCAGGGCCUCCACACCGCCUGCCCCCCCCAAUCCCCUAUAUUCUGUCCUGGGUGGUGUGGUUUGUGCCCUCAAGAACCUAUGUGUUAAAUAAAGUUUCUUAACUUGCAGCAGGUGGGCGGCGGGCUUCCAAAGGCCUUUAGGUCCAGGUUCCAAUAUUACCUAGGUGCACCUCUGGAUAUCCAUCGAUACAGCAUUUGGAACAUGCCUCAAGUAACAAGGAAAACAAUGCCCAGGCGUGACCAGGAAAGCAAUGACCAGGCAUGGUGGUGCUAGCUCCUUUUUAAUCAAAUCAAGGCUUAGAUUGCUCAGCAGCUGUAAAGACAUUCCCUUAAAGCGUUGCUGCCUUUAUUGUAACUGAAUUGCAAACUGAAUUAUUUUUGUCUCCCUAUGGCAAAUUCCCUCUGCAAUGACAAAAGGAAUAAGCACUAUUUUGCUUUGAUCCUGUGUGUUGUGCAAUGUUGCAGCUUCUCUGGGUUCACAAUUCCAUUGGCUGCCAUGCUUUUUUUGCAAGAGGCAGUGACACCAGUGGUGCAUAAAAUGUUUCCAUGCCAUACAUCCUGUUAAUAGCUUGUACAGGCUUGUAAUCAAAGUGGCUUGCUUUACUUCGGGGAAAGGCAGGGUACGUCGUUUCUGCUUCUUAUUUCCAUUCUAGCCGCUUCUACUGAAAUGAAGAUGCCAAAUCUGCACCCCAGCUUUUAAAGUGUGGCAUGCUUUGUAUGUACAAAACGCUACUAGAGGUAGCCCAGUAGGAAUUAGGGAUGGGCCCGGACCGGUCCGGAGGCCAUUCUAAAGGCCUCCAGACUGGUCCGGACCAGUCCGGACCUGGCCGGUUCGGUUCGGGUACGCAAAAGGCUCCAUGCAGCCUUUUGCACUCAAGUGGGAGAAGGGGCGGCAGGGAGGUAUCCUGCCACCCCAAUUACUACAUAGAAUAUGUGCGCUGGAGGGGGGAAAGCGGCAGGAGGGGUAAGUAAACCCUCCCCUGCCCUUAAAGGAACCCCCCACACAGUGCCGGACUGCAGCUCUGCGGUUCCGUGCACACCCCUAGUAGGAAUGGGGAGCUUGCAGUGACUGUGAUGGUGGGGUGGGAAUCGGCAUAAUGUAGGCUCGUUCACAUGACCCAAAACAGGGUCGGAGGAGCUGCUAGCUAGAGUAGGAAAACUGUGGGCACUCCUGAUCCAUGAUCAUGUGGAGUCCAAAAGAAAGGGAGGAGGAGGAGGGGAGAGUGAUCUGUGGGAGAUGGAAGCAAGGUAGGAUGGGUGUGCUCUCCCCACAUUGCCCCCCCCCAUUUUACUGAAGUUGGACAGAAAGCCAACCUACCCAGCUCCCUAUCCACCUCCUAGCUUGCUUGUGGAGUUCACAUGAUCGUGAACUGGGAGUGUACCUGGCUUUCCUACCCCGACUGGUGGCUCCUCUGACCCUGUUUCUGGUCAUGUGAACAAGCUUACUGUGUGUCCCCUGCCCCCCCACAAAAGGCGCCAUGGCAGUAAUCAGCUAUAAACUGAAUGAAGUCCAGUUCAACCCCAAACCCAUCGAACCAAGCCGGUUCGAUGUCAAGCCUGGCUCUAACCGAGCUGGCUCGCACACCUGAAUCCAUUUUGUUUCAGCACCCCUGAGUAGAUCCAGGAUUGAUCUGGCCCAUUAAUAAUUGUACAUAUUUGUUUCCAGUGUAAUGUUCUGCUUUGUGACUGUAUUUCCCCCCAUUAUUUUGUAUCAUUUAUAUCAGUAAGGUGAACAAAACUGCAACAAAAAACCAAAAAAAGCUACUUGCUCAUUGUGAUUUGUUGUUGGGGUUUUUUUUUUUGGUUAAAAUGUGCUGGAAUUGCUGGAUAAAAGUUUCCAAACACUU